AUGACUCAAGACGUCUGGCAUAAGCCGCAAAACAGCUCAGGCGAAUUGAAUUUGCAUCUGGGAAGUAAGAGGCUUACCCACAUCAACCUGCUUUUGACUGAGAAGCAUGACAUUCAUGUAGAUAGUAAACAUUUGGCAAUUGCUGUAAAUGUCUCCAAAUUUAACGUCAUGACCUUUUCUCAGCUCUCAUGGCUGGGAGUAAAUUUGUAUCUGUUUAUUGACACGUUCUACUGGUAUGAAGAGGAGGAGUCUUUCCAUUACACACGAGUUAUUUUGGGUUCAACACUGGCUUGGGCGCGAGCAUCCGCACUGUGCCUGAAUUUUAACUGCAUGCUAAUUCUAAUACCUAUCAAUCGAAACCUUAUUUCAUUCAUAAGAGGAACAAGUAUUUGCUGCAGAGGACCGUGGAGGAGGCAAUUAGACAAAAACCUCAAAUUUCACAAACUGGUCGCCUAUGGGAUAGCUGUUAAUGCAACCAUCCAUGUCGUGGCGCAUUUCUUCAACCUGGAACGCUACCGCUGGAGCCAGUCCAAGGAGGCCCAGGGACUUCUCGCUGCACUUUCCAAGUUGGGUAACACCCCUAAUGAGAGCUACCUCAACCCUAUCCGGACCUUCCCCAUGAACACAACUACUGAAUUGCUAAGGACAAUAGCGGGCGUCACCGGCCUGGUAAUCUCUCUGGCUUUAGUCUUGAUCAUGACCUCGUCAACCGAGUUCAUCAGACAGGCCUCCUAUGAGUUGUUCUGGUGCACACACCAUGUUUUCAUCGUCUUCUUUCUCAGCCUGGCCAUCCAUGGGAUGGGUCGGAUUGUUCGAGGCCAAACCCAAGACAGCCUCUCUCUGCACAACAUCACCUUCUGUAGAGACCGCUAUGCAGAAUGGCAGACAGUGGCCCAAUGCCCCGUGCCUCAAUUUUCUGGCAAGGAACCCUCGGCUUGGAAAUGGAUUUUAGGCCCUGUAGUCUUGUAUGCAUGUGAAAGAAUAAUUAGGUUCUGGCGAUUUCAACAAGAAGUUGUCAUUACCAAGGUAGUAAGCCACCCCUCCGGAGUCCUGGAACUUCACAUGAAAAAGCGUGGCUUUAAAAUGGCGCCAGGGCAGUACAUCUUGGUGCAGUGCUCGGCCAUAUCCUCGCUGGAGUGGCACCCCUUCAGCCUUACCUCUGCCCCCCAGGAAGACUUCUUCAGCGUGCACAUCCGGGCAGCAGGAGACUGGACGGCAGCGCUACUGGAGGCCUUUGGGGCAGAGGGACGGGCCCUCCAGGAGCCCUGGAGACUGCCAAGGCUGGCAGUGGACGGGCCCUUUGGAGCUGCCCUGACAGAUGUAUUUCACUACCCAGUGAGUGUGUGCAUUGCCGCGGGGAUCGGAGUCACUCCCUUCGCUGCUCUUCUGAAAUCUAUAUGGUACAAAUACAGUGAGGCGCAGACCCAGCUGAAGCUGAGCAAGGUGUAUUUCUACUGGAUUUGCCGGGAUGCAAGAGCUUUUGAGUGGUUUGCCGAUCUCUUACUCUCACUGGAAACACGGAUGAGUGAGCAAGGGAAAACUCACUUUCUGAGUUAUCAUAUAUUUCUUACUGGCUGGGAUGAAAAUCAGGCUGUUCACAUAGCUUUACAUUGGGAUGAAAAUACUGAUGUGAUCACAGGCUUAAAACAGAAGACCUUCUAUGGGAGACCCAACUGGAACAACGAGUUCAAGCAGAUCGCCUACAGUCACCCCAGCAGCAGCAUUGGCGUGUUCUUCUGUGGACCUAAAGCUCUCUCAAGGACCCUUCAAAAGAUGUGCCGCUUGUAUUCAUCAGCUGACCCCAGAGGUGUUCAUUUCUACUACAACAAGGAGAGCUUCUAGACUUUGGAGGUCAAGACCAGGCAUUGUGUAAGUGGCUGUAAUCAUAUAGGUCAGGGAUUGGGAAACUCUUCCUACAAGAUGCCAAAUAGUAAUCAUUUGAGGCUCUGUGGACUGUAUGGUCCCACUCUCAACUCCUGAACUCUGCCAUUGUAAAGUGCCAACAUUGCCACAAACAAUAAUGUCAAUGAAUAGGUAUAGUUGUGUUCCAAUAGUAUUUUACCGAUGGACACUGAAGUCACAUUUCAUAUAAUUUCCUUGUAUCAUGAAAUUUUUACAAAUUGUAAAAGUCACUUUUUGCACAUCGACCAUCCACAUAGUCAGGGAGAGGGCUGGAUUUGGCCUGUGGGCCAGAGCUUGCUGACCCCUGGCAUAGGCUGUCUUUCCCAAACUUGUUUCCAUGCCCAACAUUACAUCCAACAUGGAGACUUAUGCUGCUGCUUGGCUUGAAGUUUCCUUUAGAAAUCAUUUCAAAUUUUCAUUUCCCUGAUGGCAGAGACACACAACUUAUAUCCAAACCUGAUCUUUUCUGCUUUAAACUUAUGCUCCUUUUGUGCUUUUGUUCAUCCUCUGUAGACCACAGAAAUCACCAACGGAGGUUAUCUUUCAUAAAAGUCCUUUAGAUAUUUGAAAAUGAUAAUCAAAUCAUCCCUUUCCUAUCACUUUUCUGGUCCAAACAAUACUAAAUUCUUAACCUUUUGGCCUAGGAUAUAUAUCAAGCCCUUCCAUCACCUUGUUGCUCUUAUUCAAAUUCGCUUCCAUUUCUUCAUAUCCUUUUAAAAUGCAUUGAGAAGCGUGACUAGUAUUGAGCAGAAGAGGGACUUUCUUAGAGCUUAUAUGCCAUAUAUUUACAAACAAAUUCUAUGUUUUCUUUUCUUCCUUCUUUCUGCCUUCCUUCCUUUCCUUCUUCCUUUCAUAUUUCUUUCUCAAUCUCUUUUAAGAAAUACUUUUUAUUCUACCACGUUUUGGUCUGUGGUCUUCUUAACACAUUCCUACUCAACUUCUGCCCCACAAAAUAACUGAAAUUAUUUAUUUAAUUCCCAUUGUGCCAGUCUUUCUAUACUAUGCAGCUAUCUUACUCCCAAGAUGUUCACAAAGUAUUCCUCACAUCUUAUAAUUCUUGCUACUAAUAUUGAUUAAUUUUUUAGAAUUUUUCUAAUAUUUCAAGAUUGUUUUGAAGUUUAGCCCCAGACACUAAUACUGGUAGGUAGCUUGUAAUAUCUACAUAUUUCACUGAUAAUAUCUCAAAUCUUUUGUUUAGGUUUUCAAUCAAGUUAUUGACUCCAAAGAACUCCACCAGGAAUUCCUGUGACGGCCUGUUGAUAUGAGCUCCCAGUUGGGAACUUGUGAACAAUAAUUAACUACUGCAAACAGUACACCAUACCAUACUUCGUUAGCUUAUAAAUAACAUGUUAUAUACAACAGCACAAAAACUUUUACUGAAAUUAAAAUAUAUUAUGUUUCUCAAAGGCUUCUUAUCUUUGUGGACUGUCAUUCUGCCAUAAAAGAGAAUUAAAUUGAUCUGGCAUGAUGUGUUUUGACAAAGGCAGCCUCUUAAGCUCUUCUAAGUAUUUCUAAAUUAUAAAUUGAUCACUUCUUUUACUUUAUCCUCAGAUUUUUAUGUUGACCUGAUGCUUUCUAUGAUAUUAAUAUUGAUUUUGUAAGUUAGGAAUAUUCCAUUCAUGCCUAAAAAAAUUAUUUCUACUAUCUCUGCAUUGGAAUUUCUCAGUAGCUUGAGGUAUUGCUCGAUGCAUAUAAUUCAAACUCUCCUAAUUUGAAUAGAACCAGUCUUUCUGUGUAAUUAUUUCCCCAUUUGAGUUUAGUUCAGCCUUUGCAACCAGAAAUUUCUAUAGUCAAAUCUAAUCUUUACCUUAGUCAUGUUUAAUUAUUACUUUUCUUUCUCUGUCUACUUGAAAAUAAAAGUACUUUUUUGGUCAUCUAAUUUUGUCUAGUAAAUUAGAACAUACCUGCCCUUAAACACAGAUUUUGCCACUUUUUUUAAUUUCUGGGGAUGCUGUUUGCACCCCCUUUUGUGUUUUGACCUUUAUGCUACUUCCCUGCAAACUAUGUAGAAUCAAACCUAUCCAGACACAAGAAAAUACAAAAGUCAAUAGGUUUCUUUAAUGAAGCAAUGACCAAAUAGAAAAUGUGGAAUUUAAAAUUGAAAUCGUCUCUUCAAAACAGAAACAAAAAUCUGGCAAACCUGUAAGUUCGUUUAACAAGAAUUAGACAACACGAUUUGAUAAAUAAACAUGCAAUUCAUAGGCAGACAUUUUUAAGUGGAUAGAAAUAGCACGUUUCUAAAUAGGAAUAUUAAACAUACUAAAGUUACAAACUUGUCCCAAAUUAAUUAAUGGUCAAGUGAAAUGCCUGUCAAAUUUUAAAUUCUCUUUAGAUUUUUUGGAAGGGUAAAUAUCCUAAAGUUUAUCUAGAAGAAUAUAUGAGAAAGAGAGGUGCCAAAAAAAUGUGGAAAA